AAUGGCGUCCAUUUUGUUCAGUCCACUUUUCGAUGGGCACGCUGCAAAAGCUGGUCAAAGUCGAUUAAACAUCUACUUAAUCUAGGCGUACCUUUAUCAGUGAACGUAACGUUGAAAUGUUCUUUACUUUAUUGUGAUGGCUUUUUAUUUUACUCGAGGGAUUGUGCCAGAUGAUUUUCGAAUCAGUGUCGCUAGUAACGAUGAAAGAAUGAUGAAACGCCACGUUGAUUUACAAGCGACAAAGACGUGACGGGCCAUUCAGAAAAAAUUCAUUUGCUCGGGAUUUGUUGUUGUGAAAGAACCCGCAAUAUGCACCGAUGUCGAACGUGAAAAUCCCGGCACUAGAACAUUAGUCUCAUCAUGGUUCAACUAUGGCGGCCACCACCUUCUGUUGCGUAUGUGCUAGAUAGCACAGCUCAGCCCUCGUGUGCUUAUUACUGUACGUUAUGUUGGGGCCUGGUCGUGUGUCAUCCAACUCCCGAUGGAAUAUUGGAUGUAAUAUAUGCAUCCAUCGUGUCAUGUCGCUGCAAGUUAUGUGGCUAUAGUUGACUCGAAUAAGUGGAUUUUCGCCUGAAAUACGGACACCUCACAUCUACGUGCUUCUCUACUUUUUGCCAAAUAUUGGACCAAGGGUAGGACAGAAAAAAAAACUGGUCUCGUUAACGAUGACGCGUUCACGUCAAACAACACUCGACACCACCCCCCACUUUCGUCUCUGCUUUCUUGCCUUUUCAAGAUCGAUAAUGGGAGAGAAUGUUGAUGUCUCAUCACCUGAACACACAACAACAGCCGUCCAUCAACGACUUUGAGAUUGUCGGCCUGUGCGCUAACGGCACCAGUUGCAACGGCAGUUCGGGUUUAAGUGGGGCCAUGGCCGGAACGGCAUCUUCAGCGUCCAGUAGUAGCUCUACGGGAUCGUCCACGUCGGGAUCGUCUGCUUCUGGCUCUAUCAAAGACACGACUUUCACGAAAAUCUUUGUCGGCGGAUUGCCCUACCACACGACCGAUUCCAGCCUGCGCGAACACUUUCAAGUUUACGGCGAAAUCGAAGAGGCUGUCGUCAUCACCGAUCGUCAGACGGGCAAAUCCCGCGGCUAUGGAUUCGUUACCAUGUCGGACCGUCUGGCGGCCGAACGAGCCUGCAAAGACGCCAAUCCCAUCAUCGACGGCCGUAAAGCCAACGUUAACCUGGCCUACCUGGGUGCCAAGCCCAGGGGCAACCUUCAAUCAGGAUUCCCUUUGGCGGCCGCCCUACGAGCCGGAUUUCCAGCUGCUCUUUUCGGACAAGGACAAUACGGAGUCGGACCGCAGCUGCUCUAUCCAUCGCCGUACGCUGUGACGCCGCCCGGUUUGAUGCAACUCCACCCGCAGUCUCAUCAUCAAGGCGGAGCCGGUGGACUCAACUCGGCCGCAGCUUCUGCCGCCGUCGCAGCCGCCGUCGCUUCCGGAUUCUACGACUAUCCGACGGCGGCCUACGCUGCUAGCCAAUUCGCUAACGGAGCAUUCGAAGCGUCUUUCCCCUUCGGUAGCGCCGCCGCCGCAGCCGCAGCCGCCGGAGCAGCCAAUUAUGGCUUGGGACCGGCUUUCACGUACGCCUCACUGCCGCCGGCGCUGCAGAACGCGGCCGCCGCAGCCGCCGCUUCCACCGGUCUGCCUCUAUCGCACUACGCCACCGCUCAGAGCCAACUGCAAGAAGCCCGGAUGCAAUAAGAAUUUAUUUUUUGCGUAAGAGUUUGGGGCAAAACAACAUGUCAUUUUUUAAAAUUUGAAAUCGAAAUUUGAUUAACAUACAGCGAAUAUAGUUAGGCCUUUAGCAUAUAGGAGAUGACCAGCCCCCGAAAUGAUGGUCCCUCCACCUCCUCCCCCCAACUACCCAGAGUAACGAGCGAAUGUGGACGAUGACCUUUUUCUACGAAUUUUAGGAAUGGAGAAACUUGUUGAUUAAUGCACCAGUUUUAAAUUUUACUAUUUUUAAAUUUUUUUGUUUUCGAAAGAGCAAAAAAAAAAGGAAAAAAAAAUUGCUGCGUCUCUUUUGAAUGGAUUUAUCUUUUUAAAAGUUAACCGGUUAAAGGCGACCAACACUUUGAUCGCUGGAGUCGAAUCAAGUGAUUCUUUUUUUUUUUUUUUUUCAAAUGAAGAUGUUCUAUGAAAAUGACCGUCUUACAUUUCAAGUCUUUUAUUGUUUAACAUAAUCAAAUCGCGCUAUGUUUAGAAUCAUCCGCCCCUCUCUCUUUCUCCCACCCCCCUCUGAAAAUCCCUUCAUUUUCUUGCCCCAUCCGCUCUUCUUUUUUCUUUUUUUAACGCAAAACAAACGAGAAACGGACGGCAAGUGUGAAGAUGACACACAGUACGCGACUGGUUCGAUGCAGAAUAACAUCUUCACUUCAUCUAUGGCCACCCCCCACCCGCAGAAACGUAGAAAAUGAGUUGAAUGUUCUCGUACAUCGCGCAGAGUUCAAACGAAAAUCCCCAAGUAAAAACAAAACAAAAAAGUCCCGAAAAAUGUUGAAAAAAAAAAAAUCGAAUGUUUCGUCUGGUUCGUGUUUCAUUGCGACUAUAUCGAUUGUUGGUAUAUUUCGUGUCAAAAAUGUAUUUUUUUUUUUCUUUUUAAAUUCAAUUUUCAAACUGUAUAAGAAAGUCAGACACGCGAGUCGUGAAACAAAUGCUGGCCAAUAAGAUUCUCGUACAGUUGAAGAAAUCGUUUGUUUGUGUGUUAAGAUUACGUCGUUGUAUUAGUCGAAAAGAUAAGCAAUUGAUGUUGUUUUUUUUUCUUUCUGAACGAUGUUGUUGCCGGGACGAGACAAAACAAUUGUCCCGGGAUUAAAGCUAAGUAAUUACGUGUUAUUAUUCUAUAUGUAUCAUCCAGUGCCUUUUUUCCUUCUUUUUUUUUUUCCACCUUUUUUUUGUUGUUUUUAUUUCCCCUCAAGUUCAGUUGUCAUUGUCUCCCUUGUCGUUGCGUUGCGCUUCUUAUUUUCCCGAUCUUCGUUUGACUUUUGUCAUUGACGCUUCCCAUCGUGAUCGGUAUGAGGGGGAAAGAGAAAGGUCUAAAAAAGCAAGCCAUCAAGUGACAAAGAAAAACAAAGAAUCCACUGAUGAAUCAACGUUCCUGACGUCAUAUCGAUCUAUGUCAUUUGGGUUAUGCCACUAAAAAUAGAUUAAGAGAAUUUUCUUUUCUUUUUUUUUUUUUUUUCUUCGGGAGAAACGUGUGGUGGGAUGGGCGAAGUGAAACGAGCUAAAGUCUUACAUACCUCUCUGCCUCAUUCUCUGCCAGUAAGAAAAAGCCUACAUCAAUUUUUACCAUUUGAAUAUUGGGGGGAAGGAGAACAAAAAAUGGUUCGUGCAGUUAGACUUUCGGGGGAUGCAUCACUCUCUGCUGAGACGUCACACUCCCUUCCCAUGUUUUUAUAUGCACGAUCGACUAUUUUUUAAUUUUUUUAUUCAAUGUUGUGACGUUGCAAUCAUUUCCUUUUGUUGCGGGAUCUCGCCGACUGUACGCAGUGUGUACGUCUAUCGCGUGUUGGCGUGUCUUUAACUGAAUAUCGACCGUGUGCCAACCAACGCCGAGUUGCCAACGAACUCUAUCCACUAGCCCCCCCCGUUCACCCCCUUCUGUUUCAUUUCUCAGCUGCCAAUCGAAGCUGACGUGCCAGAAUCGAGUGAAACAAAAGAAUUAAAGAGAAAGGAAGAGAGAGAGAGCAGAAAAGGUUAAUGUGCAAGACUUGCUCGUUUUUUUUUUUCUUUUACGGUUAUGUAUAGGGCUAACGCAAAUGGAGAGGAGCAAAGGGGAACCAUAAUUAAAGGUGUAAAACAAUAUCCUGUCACUUGGGAUUGCCAUUAGGGAAAACGAAAACAAGUUACAUUUCUAAGUUUUUUAGACGAAAGUUUUAUUUGUUUAAUGGCAAGAAAAGAGGGUGGGGUAGUUUCGUGACAAAAGAAACGGGAAAAUAGCAAACUUUAAUUUUUAGUUACCUGUCCGCUGAUUGAAAUCUAGUCUCUUAUUUCAGUUGUUUUCUGUCCCCUAGUCUCAGCUUACAAUUAAAAAAAAGAGAAUCAACGAGAAUCAUUUCAAUAUGCUGCACAAGCUUUUGAUCGCCCCUCCCCCGCUUCUUUCUUUUAUCCAGUUCUUAAUAUUUUAAUUAUUUUUAACAUUAAAAAACAUUUUCAUUUCUGGUCAUCGAAGAAUUCAAAAUGAAAAGAAUAACAUUGAAUUUUUUAAAAUUAGCAUUCAAAAAUAAAGAAUUAAGUAAUAACAAUGAGAUGAUUCAGUGUUCAUGUGCUAGCUCAAUUCAAUGGCGACGCGGCUCGGUGGAUUUUCUUUAUGUCAGUCCUUGUUUUGUGUCAAUUAUUGUGCAACGUGAAUCUCCUUUUUUUUUUCAAAAAUUUGUCUUAAAUCAUCGUCUUUCUGUCCUGUUAUUGUUGAUGUCAUCCAAAAGGUUUAACAAAGGUGACAAAUUGUAACGGCAUCCCGUUUUCAUCAGCCCACCAUCCAUCCACCGACCUAUACCCCCCAAAAUUGCCCCCCUACCCCAAAAACAUGGUGUAAUAAGCAAAUAAAAUUGAAAAUGCGCGCGCGAAAAAAAAAA